CUCUCCAAUAGCAGACCAUAAAAUACUGACAAGUGACUAUCGUUUCCCUACGUUGACUUCAUUUCUGACAAAUAAAGGAACACUUCAUCAUGGAAAAAGCAAAAUGAUCAUCUGUUGUGUGUAGAGGUUAUAAUUGUAAUGUUUAUUUGAGGUGCGAAGCCUACUGUUAAGUAGCAUGUUUAUAGUAGGGAAUUGAUUUUAAGUAUUUUAGUUUCAAUUUAUUUUAUAGUCGUGAAAAUGAUUGUAAAUAAAGCAUUAAUUGGUGUAUCAUCGACGUAUGUAAAGUUAUUGUCGUUGUUCCCUCAGAAUAUUACAUUAUGUUUUGCGUAUGGUUCUGGUGUCAUGAAACAAUCGGGGCAAAGUACUGGGAAAAGAAACAUGAUUGAUUUAGUUAUUGCUGUUGAAGAUCCUUACAAAUGGCAUGAACAAAAUAUUUUGUGGAAUCCGCACCAUUACUCCUCACUACGUUGGUUUGGUCAUAAUUUUGUUGCCAGCUACCAAGAAAACUGGGGUGCAAAAAUGUAUUUUAAUACACUGAUUAAGUUGCCAGAUAGUGACACAAUGAUUAAAUAUGGUGUAAUAUCACGAGCUAGUCUUGUUACAGACUUACUAGACUGGAAUGAUUUGUAUGUGUCGGGUAGGCUGCAUAAACCAGUUGAAAUUUUACACAAAUCAAGCAACACUCAAGUACGUGCUGCUUUGCAGCAAAACUUGCACAGUGCAGUUCAUGCUUCUUUAUUACUUCUUCCAGAAAGCUUCACUGAAACAGAUUUAUAUCGUGCUGUCACAGGUUUAUCGUACGGAGGUGAUUUCCGUAUGAUAUUUGGUGAAGAUAAAAAUAAGAUUGACAAUAUUGUGUCACCGCAGGUGGAGUCUUUUCGAGAAUUGUAUUCUCCUGUUCUAAAGUCAUUACAAGAUUAUGUGGAAAUGUCGAAAGAUGGACAGAUGUGUUGGCAGGAUACAAGUCCUGGUGCUAAAAAUUUCCAUUUAAAUCAACUUCCAAAAGUACCCCAAAGAGCUGUUGUGAAACAGUGGAAUAAAGAUAGAGGCAGUAGGCGUCAUGACACAGAAGAUAGUCUUUAUGCUUUAGCUCAUGAUCCUGAGUGUGGACAUGUGGUUUGUGACUGUUUGCACCAUAUUGUGUUUGCAUCAAGUGCUAGACAAAGUCUGAAAGGAAUUUUAACAGCAGGUCUAGCAAAAUCUGUGAGAUACAGUAGCAAAAAAAUUGUAAAAAUGUUGAAGUCGACAAAGCUGUAAAAAUAAUGUAUAUAUUGAAGAAAAUAGAGAUAGUUUAUUAUUUGUAAUAUCAAUGUAUAGACUUAAAAUAUCUUCUCCUAAAAUAAAAAAAAAGUGACUGAUAAGGUGAUGAAUAGUUUUAUUAAUCAUGCUUUUGCACUGCAAGAUGGACAUCGAGUUUGGAUCUGGAUCAACAAAAAAGUCUUCAUAAUACUGAAAUAUUUAUUGAAUAAAUUUUGAAAGCUGUAGAAAGAUGUCCAACUUUAUUGGCCCUGCUUUACCUCCCCACUUGGUUAAGAGUUUAUCUGGCAGUGAAGAUUCUGAUAAUGUUAAAAAUAAUAAAAAAAUGACUGAUAUCUCUCAGAAUGAUGAUUUAGAGGGACCUUCUUUGCCUCCUCACUUACUAGCAGUAACUCAAAAUAAGGAAGACCAUAAUAGAGACUCAUCACAAAUUCUUAAAAAACAACAUUCAGAAUCAAAAGAUAGCACUGAUUUAAUUGGUCCUCAGUUGCCACUUAAUCUAAGAGGUCGAAUGAUAGAUGAACAAUUUACCAAAAGUGGUACUGGUUUAUCUUUACAAGAAAAAAUUAUUUCCAAGGAAGGAACAAUUGGACCAUCACUUCCACUAAAACUUCGAACUAAACUCUCCAGGAAAUCAGAAAAUUCAGGCUCCUCUGAUGAAGAACAAACUGAUGCUAUAGGGCCUGUUUUGCCUCCUCAUCUGAGAAGCCCUGACAGCGAAGAUGAUACACUGUCUAGUUCCAGAAAUGUUUGUGUAAUUGGUCCAAGACUCCCCCCAUUCUUAGAACCGAGGCGUGAGAAACAUUCCUCUUCUGGUGAAGUCAGCAAUAAAAAUGAUGAGACACCUAUGAUAGGACCCUCUCUGCCAGCUCAUUUACAAUCUAAAUUUUUAGAAGAGUUGCCUACUGUUGUGGAAGAAGAAAGCAAUACCAAGCCCAUAAUAGGCCCUUCAUUUCCUGAUCAUUUGAAACUCAAUGAAGAGGCAACUCAAGAGAAAAUAGAUGAUGAAGAUAUGUAUGGACCUGCACUUCCUCCUGGAUUUCGUCCCAAGACUAUCCCGGUGGAGAUAAAAGCCAAAGAAGAUGAUGCACAUGAAAGUGAUGAAGACAUGGGACCCCUUCCUGAAGGACACAUGUCUAGCAGUAGGAUUCAACAUCAAUUGGAAAUUCGGGCCAAACAGUUGCGUGAAUCCAUGGCUAUGGGUGAACGUCCUGAAAAUGAUACUCCAGUACAACGUGAGAGUUGGAUGUUGGAAUUACCAGCAGACCGAGCUCCAGAAUUAGGGUUGAAACCACGACAGUUUAGAAUGAGAGAGGGCCCAGAGGCUGGAGACCGUUCGGUUUGGACAGACACUCCUGCAGACCGAGAAAGAAAAAGGAAAAAUCCUAAGUCAAAAUCACCUGAUCGAGGGGCAUUAGAACACCUGGCAGUAAUGGAACGUGACAAAGCAAUGCAGCAGCUUGCUGAUGAACAUAGCAGCAAACGUGGGAGCCGCUCUCUCAUGGAGCUGCAUGAAGAGAAACUGUUGGCUAAGCGAAAGAAAGCUGAAAAAGAUGGAGAAGUUCAGGAAAGACGCCCCUUCAGUAGGGAAGUAGAUCUCCAGGUCAAUCGUUUUGAUGAAGCUCAAAAGCGUUCUAUAUUAAAGAAGGCACAUCAUCUUAAUGACAGAUUUUCUUCAGGGCAAAGCAAGUUUCUCUAAAUUAUGCUAUAUCUCUGAGAGAGACUUGUGUACUUGUACCAACAAAACUGCAAUCUCCUGUUUUGGAUUGAAUUGUAUAUUUUAUUUGAGUUGCUUGCUUUUCAAAGUUGAAGUUUUAACUUUUUCUUCAACAUCAUCAGGUUUUAAUGGAAAUUGAUUGUUUAAAGUUAGUUCUUGAAUGUUAAAUGUAUAGGAGUUUUGUUUAUUGUUGUAAGUUAAUGUGUGAAUGUUUAAUGAUUGUUUCAAUUUCUGAUGAAUAACUGUAUAUACAUGCAUUAGCAUUUGACAUUAUAAAGGUUCACAAUAA